UGGGUCCAGAACUUUCAUGCUCUCAAACUCUCAAGACCCUUCUCCAGCUUUCACAUCCACUCUCUAUAUAUUCAACGAUUCUCCCAUCUCACCCUCAUCAACACUUGAAAGCUGAAAUCGAUCCUUGCUGAUCAAAAUCGCAUUUCCUUUCAUUUCUUCGUUAUUUCCUAAUCCCAAUGGCUCAAGCACUAUCAACUUCAUCACUACUACUAUCACAAAAAACAGGGUCCUACGUCAAACCACAGAACAAUGUAAUUGUACCCUGCAUGGCCUCUUUUCCGUCAAGGAAGGAAUUUCCAAGGCUAGGAAGGGUGAGAGCUCAGGCUUCUGGUGAUAACAAAGACAACUCUGUGGAAGUACAACAUGUUAACAAGGGUGACCAAGGAACCGCGGUUGAGAAGAAGCCACGUAGAACUGCCAUGGACAUUUCACCAUUUGGUAUCUUGGACCCGUGGUCACCCAUGAGGAGCAUGCGCCAGAUAUUGGACACCAUGGACCGAAUUUUCGAAGAUACCAUGACAUUCCCUGGAAGAAACAUAGGAGGAGGGGAGAUCCGUGCCCCUUGGGACAUCAAAGAUGAAGAACAUGAAAUCAGAAUGAGGUUUGACAUGCCGGGUCUUGCCAAGGAAGAUGUUAAGGUAUCAGUGGAGGAUGAUAUGCUUGUUAUAAAAGGUGGCCACAAAAGUGAACAAGAACAUGGUGGAGAUGAUUCUUGGUCAAGCAGGACCUAUAGUUCCUAUGAUACCCGUUUAAAGCUGCCGGAUAAUUGCGAGAAGGACAAGGUUAAGGCAGAGUUGAAAAAUGGUGUGCUUUAUAUCACCAUUCCUAAGACCAAGGUUGAACGUAAGGUUAUUGAUGUCCAAGUUCAGUGAGAUAUGCUUGGGCUUUGUAUUAUGCAACACGGUUUUUUACCAUGUUUUUACGUUUUUAACAUAUAUACACCCAUUAUAAGGGUUAAAUAUGUUGUAUUAAGCGUAGAGAAGUUUAAAUAAAACUGCUGUUGUAUAAUUUUCUAA